AUGCCAAAAGUGGCAUUAACAAAGAAAAAUCUAAAACUGAGAUCUUAUGUUGUGAUAACUACAGUCGAAGCCAUAGUACUUAUUUCUUAUUGUGCCAAUUUACAAUUUACUUUGCAAAUAAUUUCUGGAGAGGUAGAAAACAUUUUGACUGCUAGUCUCAAUAAAUAUUCCACAAAUAGAGCUUGGCAAUUGUUUUGGAAUCAAUUUCAACAACAUUAUUAUUGCUGUGGUAGUUCCAAAAAUACAGAUUGGUUCCAAACAGCUUGGGUUUCACCAAUUAUUUUAUCUUCAUUUUCUCUAUUAAAAAAAUAUACACAAAAAAACAGAAAAUUCAUUAUACCAGCUGCACCAAUAAGUUGUUGUUUACCUAAUGCUAUUUGCAAUACAUUCACAGAUUGUGAACUACCAGAUCCAGAAAAAUAUUAUCAAAAUAGUUGUUCCUCCAUAAUAGUUAAUAAAAUUAACUCUAUUGCAUUCACAACAUACUUAUUUUAUGCUGUAUUGGUCAUUCAGAUUAUUUCUGCAGUUGUAAAAUAUGAAGGCUAUACAGAUAACGAUCACAAUUCAAAAUGA